AUGAAUAUCUGCAAUAAACCUCCUAAUAAGACAGCCCCAGAGAAUUUUGGCGAAGCUGUUCCUGAGGUGCAGGUCCAACGCGCUCGAAGGAAUGGCUGGAGCUGGCCUCUGCACCUUUUCCAGAUUAUUGCCUGGUUGCUGUACUUCUUCUUUGCGCUGGUUGGCUUUGGAAUCCUGGUCCCUCUCCUGCCCCGCCACUGGCUGCCCGCUGGCUAUAUCUGUCCAGGAGUGUGUUUUAUCUACCAUUUAGUUGUUCAUCUUACUGCAGUCUCCAUUGAUCCUGCGGAUGCAAAUGUGCGAGAAAAAAACUAUCUAGGGCCUCUGGCCACCUUCAAUCGUAAUCAACAUGCACAUGUCAUUGAAAACCAUCAUUGCCAUGUCUGUGAUGUAGAUGUGAGUGCCAAGUCAAAGCACUGUGGAACUUGCAACAAGUGUGUGUGUGGCUUUGAUCACCACUGCAAAUGGCUCAACAACUGUGUGGGAGAGAGGAAUUACUGGCUCUUUUUGAAUAGCGUGCUGUCUGCCAUUCUGGGCCUUGGGCUUCUGCUGCUCGUCGCUUGCUACAUCUUUGUGGAGUUCUUCAUUGACCCCAUGAUGCUUCGCUCCGACCAGCACUUUGAUGCUCUAAAGAACCACACAGACCGCUGGUUUGUGUUUCUUCCUGCAGCUCCUGUUGAGACUUGGGCAUCUGCCAUUUUGGUCACGGCUGGGAUUUUUAUUCUUCUGAGCCUAAUGACCGUGAUCCUGCUAGGCCACCUCUUGACCUUUCACAUCUAUCUUAUGUGGAACAAAUUGACUACGUACGAGUACAUCCUGCAGCAGCGUCCCCAGCAAGAGGCGAAAGAGGGAGACAAGCAACUGGAGUCUUGUCCCCCCCAAGUGAGACACAGUCAGGAAGCAGACUUUUUUUCAGGUAACCCUGGCUAUACAGACCCUGAUAUUCAAGUAGAGGAAUUCUCAACAGUAACUUCAGGAAAAGGCUUUUCAAAGUUCUAUGUCCACAAUGAUGAAGCUGACCCCGAGCAGAGCUCCUCUCCUGACCUCCCGUCUCUUCACUUUGCGGUCCCUUCUCAGCGGCAGAAAAAAAGAAGAAAGAACACACAUAAAGCUUCUUCCUCAGCAACAGACAGCAGAUCUAAAACACACACUAGACCUUGGCCCUCUUUCCCAGAUCCCCAGUCAGACAAUCCCAGAGGUGACAGGAAGAAGAAUCUGUAUUCUGGGCACAAGGUAAAAAGAAAAAGCUGCCAGCAAGACAGACACAUGGAACAAGACCUGGAACUUUUCUCUAAGAUUCCUGCUGUGUUUGUAAGUAAGAGCACUGCAGAACCUCAUGUCUCUCAGCCCAGUGAGAGCACAUCCGAGCCACACCACAGAAAAUGCACCGGCAAGCAGCAUGUGGGCAGACAUGAUCCAUGCUUUAAGGACAUAAGGACAAACACCACAGCGGCCUAG